CAUCGGAACCAGACAGUGUCCCUCUUUCCUCGCCGAUCUCUCUCUCUCUCUUCCUCAUCUUCGAUCUCAAUCAAAACACGCGUCUUUGAUCUCUCUACGCAUUCGAAAAAACAUCAAAGUCUCUGUUCUUUACCUACCGUUCUCAAAUUCGCAAUCUUUCGCCAACUUUUUUUCACGGUAUCGCUUCUUCUCUUUCGAUUCGGUUGGAUUUGAUCGAUACCCAUCUCGUGAUUCAAUCUGAUUAGUUCUGGGUUUGCGUCAAAAUGUUGAAUUUCCCUGGAAAAUUACAUCAACUCUAAGAGAUUGGAUCAUCUCUCUGUUCUUGCAUGAUGGGUUUAAAUAGAAAGUUAAGGAGCUAAGAGAUAUAUAGAUAGAUGGAUAGAUAGAAGGAUCAAAUGAUUGAGGAACAAUGAGUAGUUUCACAAAGAGCACAUCAUUCAAUAGAAGAGCAUUGAGUUCUUUAUCUGUAGAAAGCCCUAGGAGCACCUCUUCUACCGCCUUCAACAGCCCCAUUGGCUCAGCUUUCGCUAGCCCGAGAACGUUCGGAGGAAGUCCACGGCCGUAUACAAACAGGUUAAAAGAGAUCUCGUACUUGUUUCAAGUCCUCAUCGUCGCAGGAACACUUGUCUCGUUUCUUGUGAUCAUAGCGGGUGGUUAUCUCUACGUUGUUCCUAGCCUCGGUUAUAAUGGCGCAUUGCAGUUUAAUGACACCUCUGUUACAAUUAAUAGUAAGGAGUGUGACAUAUUCGAUGGGAACUGGGUGGUUGAUGAUAGCUAUCCGUUGUACAACGCGUCCGAAUGUCCUUUUGUAGAGAGAGGGUUUAACUGUUUAGGCAACGGGCGUGGACACGAUGAGUAUCUGAAGUGGAGGUGGAAGCCUAAGCAUUGUAACGUCCCGAGGUUCCAAGUGCGUGAUGUCUUGGAGAGGUUGAGAGGUAAAAGGAUAGUUUUCGUUGGAGAUUCGAUGAGUAGAACGCAGUGGGAGUCUUUGAUAUGUAUGUUGAUGACGGGUUUGGAUGAUAAGAGGAGUGUUUAUGAAGUGAAUGGGAACAAUAUAACGAAGAGGAUAAGAUUCUUGGGUGUGAGGUUUAGUUCUUUUAACUUCACGGUUGAGUUCUACAGAUCGGUCUUCUUGGUUCAGCCUGGGAAGUUGUUGCGUUGGCACGCGCCGAAACGUGUUAAGUCCACGUUGAAGCUGGAUGUUUUGGAUGUGAUUAACAAUGAGUGGAGCUCUGCUGAUUAUCUUGUUUUCAAUACUGGUCAGUGGUGGGUGCCUGGGAAGCUUUUCGAAACUGGUUGUUACUUUCAGGUUGGGAACUCACUGAGGCUCGGGAUGUCGAUUCCUUCAGCGUAUAGAGUAGCGUUAGAGACAUGGGCGUCAUGGAUAGAGACUAAGAUUGAUCCUAACAAAACUCGUGUAUUGUUUCGUACCUUUGAGCCAUCGCAUUGGAGUGAUCAUAGGUCAUGUAAUGUGACAAAGUAUCCAACCCCGGAUACACAAGGAAGAGACAGAAGCAUAUUCUCUGAAAUGAUCAAAGAAGUAGUCAAGAACAUGACGGUUCCGGUGUCGGUUUUGGAUGUAACUUCGAUGUCAGCGUUUCGAAGUGAUGGUCAUGUGGGUUUAUGGAGUGAUAACCCGUUGGUACCUGACUGUAGUCAUUGGUGUCUACCUGGAGUUCCUGAUAUCUGGAAUGAAAUCUUGCUCUUCUUCCUCUUUAGACAACAAGUUCCGUGAUAAGGAUUAACUGCAGGUUUUUGCAACGUAACACGAUAGAAAAAAGAAAGAUUAACGACCCUUGAAGAUCAUCUCUUGGGAGCUAACUGCUCCUUGUCUUCUGGGACAUAAAGGCACUGAGGGUCACAAAGUGAUUCUUAAAUUCAUUCUUUUAUUGUUUCUUCUACGUUCUUCUUUAUUGUAUUAUCGAUUCAAAGUGAGUGAGAGGAUCUUCUUAUGGUAUAAAAUGAUUUCAUUACU